GAUGUGGACAAACCGAGGACGUGCGAUGAAUUUAAGAAUCGAACGGAUGCUGUGAAGACUAUUUACAUUAAUAAUGCAGCAGUAGAUGUCUACUGUCAGUACGGUAAUCCAGGAGCAUAUACAGUUAUCCAAAGUCGAGGAUCCAACGACGACACCACUUUCAACCGUGAAGUUGAGGAUUAUAAGAAACAGUUUGGAACGAUAUCUAAAGACUCCUACAUCCUUAAUGCUGAAGCGGUGAUACCGAAAAUUGGUCUUGAUUUCAUAUCGACAAAUUCCGGGAAAAAGGAUAUUGGCGUACCAUUCACAACAUUCAAUAAAAUGAGCGAUAAUAUGAAAGAUUCCUGUGAUAUCUUGCGAUACUACGGGGAAAGAACUAACGUCCCUGAGGCGGACAAGGGGGUGGAGAUUGGCGAAAACACAAGGACAUGUAAUGGUGGGCUGGGACAUGCGUUCUCUCGACGGCGGCCGUGUAGCUACGAGGCUGCGUUGCGAGAUGGGCAUCUCAGGAGCGGUCAGACGCCGAUCGCGACGAAGCCGUUUUGUAGCUGA